UCUCAUAAAAUCUCGCCUUAUCUUAUCCGAUGAUGUCCAAAGCUCAACACCAAAACAGUAGUUCUCAUUUUCAAUACGAAAACAAAAAACCCAAAACCAUAGUUAAAUAUUCUAUCUCCUUCAAUGGCAGCUACUGCAGAGAAGGACUAUAACACAGUGAAAAGAAGAGUGGCCUGUGUGACCAACCAUCUCAUUCCGCUUCUUCAUCAUCAUCAUUCGCCUCCAAUUACUACCACUUGCGGUAAUUCCAAUGUUGAGCUAUGUAACGCUGCCUCCAUCAACGACAGCUACCAUAGGAUACACGGUGAAGUUCCCACUCACGAAAUUGUGUGGAAACUUGCCUCUGAUUAUGAGUCCGGCAAUGAGUUUCACUUCACCGACAUUAUCUACGAGAAAGCCGUUGGCGAAGGGAUAGCAAAGAUUACCAUUAAUAGGCCAGAGAGACGAAAUGCGUUUCGGCCAUUGACAAUUAAGGAACUUAGUCGAGCAUUUGACGAUGCAAGGGAUGAUAGUUCGGUGGGAGUUAUCAUUCUUACCGGGAAGGGAUCAAAGGCAUUUUGUAGUGGUGGUGACCAGGCGUUGAGAACCAAGGAUGGUUAUGCUGAUUAUGAAAAUUUUGGUCGUCUUAAUGUUUUAGAUUUGCAGGUACAGAUCCGUCGUCUUCCAAAGCCAGUGAUAGCAAUGGUGGCAGGUUAUGCUGUUGGAGGAGGACAUGUGUUACACAUGGUUUGCGAUCUAACCAUUGCAGCAGAUAAUGCUAUUUUUGGUCAAACUGGUCCUAAGGUUGGAAGCUUUGAUGCUGGUUAUGGAAGUUCCAUUAUGUCUCGUUUGAUUGGUCCUAAAAGAGCACGUGAAAUGUGGUUUUUGGCAAGGUUCUAUACAGCUUCUGAAGCAGAUAAAAUGGGACUCGUAAACGUUGUUGUACUGCUGGAGAGAUUAGAGCAAGAAACGAUUAAAUGGUGUCGAGAGAUCCUAAGAAACAGCCCAACUGCAAUUCGGGUGCUCAAAGCAGCUCUUAAUGCAGUUGAUGAUGGCCAUGCUGGACUCCAGGAAGUUGGUGGAAAUGCUACACUCCUAUUUUAUGGCACUGAGGAAGGUAAUGAGGGGAAGACAGCAUAUAUGGAACGUAGAGCCCCUGAUUUCUCUAAAUUUCCUCGAAGACCUUAGGUGCUGUUGUGUUGUGAAGUGGAGGUUCUUUGGUUGGAACAUGAUAGAAAUUUAUAUAUAUAUAUAUAUAUAUAUAUAUAUAAAGCGGAGUUCUUGUGCUAGAGAGCAUAAGUUUGUGGCAUGUGACACAUUUCUUAAAAUUAUCUUUAUUUAGGCUUCUACUUCAACAAAAAUUGCAUUUAUAUCAAAAUAUUUGUUCAUCGAAUCAAACAAUAGAGUAAAUGCAUAUAUUAAUUAUCUAUA